AUGAAUGAUGAUGAUGAUGAUGAUGAUGAUGAUGAUGAUGAUGAUGAUGAUGAUGAUGAUGAGGAUGAUGAUGAUGAUGAUGAUGAUGAUGAUGAUGAUGAUGAUGAUGAUGAUGAUGACGAUAAUGAUGAGGCAGUACCACUCUCACCAAGGCCGGACGAGGCCAGGGACUGUGAGACAAACAAAGAUGCAGCUCAAAUGCUUGUGAAUUUCAUGAACUCACGAGCAUCGUCAUCACAAUCAACACAACAACAACAACAACAACAACAACAACAACAACAACAACAACAACAACAACAACAACAACGACAACGGGAUCAAUCAAGCCACGAAUUCACGGCCCGUUUGUUUGAGCAGUUUGUGUUAGCUCACUCCACUCGUCCACACCCGCCCGCCCGCCCGCCCGCUCGCCCACCCACCCAUCCACCCACCCACAUACACACACACGUACGUACUCAUGAACAGGGGCGUGUGUUUGAACAAGCAGUGUUUUACCGAAUUCUGUUUUUAAAUGGUCGAUUGUAA